CCAGUCGUACCGGAAACACUCCCCACUAACUUUUGCUUAUCAUCCUGGGAGGAGCCCGGCCAAGCAGGGCGUAAAGUUGUACACGACUUGUACCGUACCUUAAGGUACUCAUGUUGUACGGUACCUCCCUUGCUCCCAUACAUGCAAUCCCAGGGCAAGGUUAUGUGA